AUGUCAACGAAAAAAUUGGUUAUGAUCUGCAUUGUCAAAUCACUACAAAAUAAGGACCGCGACCAAUCUGGAAAAUUCAGGCACCAUCAUAAUCAUCAAGAAGAAAAUUGGGGACAUUUUUUCACCGCACGUCUAGAAAAUUAUAGGAAUCGUCAAGAAGCUGCCAAAGGAUUUGACGAUGACCUUGAAUUUUGUCCUUCGUUGUCAGCAGAAGAGCUUGCCGAAAUUCGUCGUCAAGUUUCUCAAUUUGUCUCAAAUGGCCAAUCGAAACCAAAUACGACGCCACCACAACAUAAGCGACCCAUACCAAUUAUUGACCCAACGAACAAAACUCCUCUUAAUAUAAUUCCUUUAAAAUCAUCAAACUCAUCCGCUUCUGCGACGUCACAAGUUUCGAUGCCAUCUUUUUUCUCACGUCCUGAAUCCCCAUUUUCUUAUGGCGGUAAUUAUUCACCAACAAUGACAUAUCAAUCCCUGACGACUCCAACUAAAGUGACAAAAUCAAUACCGAUUAUCGACCCUAGUAGUGGGAAUAUCGUUAACAUGCCCAAUGGUAGUUCGAGUAAUACUAACAACGGUAAUAACACUAGUUUUGAAAGUUUCUACAAUGACAUUUCAGUGCG